AUGUCAGGAGAAGGUCAUGAUGCUAAAUUUAAAUAUUUUGGUAUACUUUUGCUUACUCUUCAACAAGCUUCAAUGCCUUUAAUGGCAAGAUAUUCGAGAGCAAAACAAGAAAAUGCCGUGUUUUUGACAACUGUAAAUGUAUUUUCCAUGGAAAUUAUUAAAGUUACAGUUUGCAGUGCUAUUUUGAUAUGGACCAAUAAAAGUUUAUUGAGGUUGGGAAUUUUAAAAAAACUGAAUUUUGGGUUGAGCUUUUAGCUCUGUUUUCGGAAUUUUCGGCUCUAUUCUGAAAUGAAAAAUGAAUCAAUUUUUGAAGUCUUAUUUUAAAAUCAAAAAUACCUUUUUUAUUAUUCAGAUAUGCCAAGGAUUUGAAGUCUGCUAUAUUUGAAAAUAAAAUCGAAACUAUCAAAAUCUGUGUUCCCGCUUUGAUCUACACACUUCAAAAUAAUUUAUACUACAUCGCAUUGAGUCAUUUGGAAGCCACGACUUUUUGUGUAAGUUUAUCUAUGUUCCUGUUAACAAACAAAAGUUUUUUGUUGUUUUUCUCAGAUAAAAAUCACAAGAAUCUUCUUCUUCUUAUCCUAAAAUAGAGGCCUAGCCGCAUUUUGUCUUAUCUUUAUCAUAAAAAAGUCAAGUGGCUCCUAUGUGUUGACAUGAAAAACAAAUAGCCUUUCUGAGGAAGGCUGCGAAAAAAUUUGCUGCGGUUGGAAUUGGAACUUUAUCAGGGGGCACUGAGAAGGUGUGAGGCUACUGUAGCGUAAUUUUCAGAACUUUUUGAGAAACAGAGAAAAACAGGUUAUUUGAAAUAUUUCCAAAUUCGAAAAUUCACAUUCAAAUUUGACAAAAGCUAAUCAUUUCCAUAUUUUUCCUUAACUACUCACAAUGUUUCCCAUAUUUUUUCCAGAUCACAUAUCAAAUGAAAAUCUUCACCACCGCAAUUUUCAUGUACUUUUUCUUGGGCAAAAAACUUUCGCAAAAACAAUGGAUGGCUCUCAUUUUACUAGUCCUAGGUUUCUCUCCCUUUUUUUUCGAACUUCAAAAACUUCUAUGUGUUUUCUAGGUGUUGCUGAUAUUCAAUAUAUUUAUUCUCCACCUCCAGCAACAUCAGAUAUUGUUCAAGAUCCAAUGUUCGGCCUUUUCGCUGUUAUUACAAUGUGUUUCACUUCGGCUUUUGCAGGAGUUUAUCUUGAAAAAGUUUUGAAGUCAAGCAAUGCCUCAAUUUGGAUGCAAAAUAUUCGUCUUUCAUUGAUCGGUAUUCCAAUUUCAGCAUUUUCCAUGUGGUAUUAUGAUUGGGAAACUAUCCAAAAAGGUUAGUUGAUCCAAAACACAAAGGGCUUUUUUGUUAUUGACUGUUCAAUGAUUUUGACCGCAAACAAUGCGAAAAAAUGAACGGCAACCGGAUGAAAAGAAAACGAUAUUUAGAUAUUAUUUUGCGAAUUAUUAUUAUAAUAAGUGUGAAGAGGAAUUAUUUGAGGAGAGCGAUGGCUUUUGUUGUGUGAAAAGCCAUGACUCCGGUUCAAUUUCCUUUGUUGUGCCGUUUCGUUCUGCCAAAGGUCAACAAAAAAUCUUUCGGGAACGGGAACAAAUUUUUUUCCAUAUUUAUUUAAUUUAAUUCAGAUAUGAAUAAAGGGAUCAAAAAGUAAUUUUUUUCUAAUUUUCAGAUGGAUAUUUCCGUGGUUGGGAUUUUAUUGUGGUUUGUAUGACUUUAACAAAUUCGAUUGGUGGAAUUUUAAUUUCGGUUGUCAUCAAAUAUGCUGACAAUAUUUUGAAAGCUUAUGCACAGGUUGGCUUCUUUUGGUAUUAAAAAAUCACUUUCAAAUUUAAUUUUUCAAGAGUAUGGCAAUUGUUGGUGCUGCUGUUGGUUCAUGGCUUCUUUUCGAUUUCACACCUGGAGGACUCUUCCUUUUGGGAACAUUUAUGGUUAUUUGUUCGAUUAUUAUUUAUACGGCAUUCCCAUAUCGAGAACCAGAAUCGAAAAUUGUUUCCUAUUUGAGAGAACAUCAUGCCAAUUCACGACAAUCUCUUCUGAUGAUUCGCCCAAAGAUUAUGGGAUGA